AUUCCCAAAUUAAAUGUUUUUAAAUUUUGAUUCUCUUAAAAUAAUAACAAAUAUCAUGGAUCUCAAUAAAAAAGUGCAAAAAAUUGCAUUUAUUGGGAAAAUAGCAUAUGCAGCAUAUUGGGCAUACGAAAACUACAUCGAUCUACUUGAAGAAGAGGAAGAAGAAAAACAGAAAAGACGUUGGUGGGUUCGUGAACUUAAUCUUACAAGAGAUGAGACCGGUUUCUUUGCCCAGAAUUUUGAACAAAUGAAAGAACGGGAUCCAGAGCAUUUUUACAAGAUUAUAAGAAUGUCUUACCAGUCUUUUGAAAUCCUUGGAGCUCUUAUUGAACCCCACUUGGAAAAAACAUGUUGGAGAAAACCGAUCGAACCGAAAGCUCGAUUGUUUUUGGUUUUGAUGUAUCUGUCACAAGGAGUACCAAAACAAGUUCUUGCCUGGAUGUUUCGAAUAGGUUAUUCUACGGUAGCAAGCAUCAUAUAUGAAACAUGUGACCUACUGUGGGAUCAUCUUAUGCCCUUUUAUUUAACCCCACCUAGUCAACACGAUUGGAGACGAAUCGCUUCGGAUUUUGAAGUUCUCUGGAAUUUGCCUAACUGUGUUGCUGCGAUAGAUGGCAAACAUGUGAAUAUUCAAUGUCCUCCUGGUGCUGGAUCAGAAUAUUGGAACUAUAAGGGUCAUAACUCCAUCGUACUUCUUGCCUCUUGUGAUGCAAACUAUACGUUUACUACGGUAGACAUCGGAGCAUACGGAAGCCAGAGUGAUGGUGGAAUUUUCAAAGAUUCAUCUUUUGGGAGGAAGAUUAUUGCCGGUGAUAUCAAUUUACCUCCGCCUAAACUACUUCCGAACUUUGACUAUCUAUGUCCUUAUUAUAUGGUUGGAGAUUCUGCGUUCCCAUUAAAGACAUACCUAAUGCGGCCUUACCCAGGAAAAGUGUUAAUUCCAGAGAAGAUAAAUUUCAAUAAGAGACUUUCACGAGCCCGCCGCGUUAUUGAAAACGCUUUCGGCAUUUUGGUGGCUAAAUGGCGUAUACUAACUACAACCCUUAAUAUGCUGCCAAAUAAUGCAGAUAAAAUAGUUAAGGCUACAGUUGUCUUACAUAACUUUGUAAAGCUAAAUGACACAGCUUAUUACUCUCCCGAGUUUGUCGAUCGUUACGAUAGGAACGACCAAAUUAUACAUGGUCUUUGGCGAAGUGAGAUUGCACCACUCUCAACAUCCAGGUCAUUGGGUUCCAAUAACUCGUCUCAAGCUGCCUUUGUUAUGAGAGAUAAGAUAAAGGAAUAUUUAUUUGAAAACCAAAUAUAAUAAAAAUAUACAAACAUAUGUAUAUAUACAUACAUAUUUAUAAUUUAAUCUUAUAACUGCAUUUGUCAUCAAAAUAAAUCAUAAAAAUUCAAAAAUGCACAUACAUAUCAAUUUUUUUAUGAAAUUUGCCCUCUAUCCCGGGAGGAUAUUGACUCUCUCCCACUCCUAUUCGAUUUUUUUCUGGUCUUUACUCAAUCUACUUGUUGUAGUUUUUGGCGCAUCUUAUGUAGAUGGAUACAUAAAGUCGGUACAUAAUGAAAAUUAAUUUUUUUAUCUUCUUCAAAAAAAUUGAAUUUUAAGCUAAAGACAAUGAUACAAAUUACUUUAGUAUCAUCCCAAAAAUCUGUUCAAAAAAUCCAAUAAAGAACUUUCUAAAUUAGUAGAUAUUUAUUAUUAAAAAAGGAACUUCAGAAAUCACAGAUCUGGUACAAAUACACAAAAUUCACAAAUUACAGAUCAUUAUAGCACAUUUUGAGCUCAUAUAAAUAAUGAGCUAAUAAAUAAUAAUUAAAACUUAUUUGUCGUUGUCAGGCUGUAACAGCUCAUUAUUUAUGAGCUCAAAAAUUUGGGAAUGUAAUCGAAUCCUAGUUAAUUCCGGCAACCUCUUCAUCUUAUUCCCCAUGUUUUGCAUGAACUGCAGGUCUAUGUCUUCAUUGGCAGGCUCAGUAAGAUGAGAGACAACGGAGGUGCUCAAGCCAUCCAGGAAACUUUUAAAAGUUUCCUCCGCUGCCUUGCGCUUGAUGCCGCGUGAUUUCUUCGGUGACGCAGUCACCUCGGCGCUCUCUGCGAGAGGAACUUCGGUGUUUCCAAUUUGUCUACAAAAAGAAAAGUAAACAAAUUAUUGAAAUUAAUCUUAAAGAUUAUACAUAAUACACAUACUUCCUGGUAAGGAGCGAAGGAAUUAAAAAUUCCAGGGAAUCAUACAGCUCCCAUUUGUCAUCUGGCUCAACUAUAGCUGCACUGCCAGAUGGAAGCGAAGUCAUACAUCGGUGCUCUCUUGUGAAUCUGUCCCUGAGACUCCUCCAACGUUGCUUACAAUCUUGAACUAAAAAGGAUAUAAUUUGACAUUGUUUGUAUCCAUUUGAG